CGUCUGCGAUGCUAAAACCGCAACCCAUCGAGAUGACGGUUGAGUGCACCCUUGAGGAGUUGUGCCAUGGAUGCAUUAAGAAGUUCAAGAUCAAAAGAGAUGUCAUCACUCCUAAUGGGGAAAUGUCUCAAGAAGAAGAGAUCAUAACGUUAAAUGUGGAGCCAGGAUGGAGAACUGGUACAAAAAUUACAUUUGAAAGUUCCGGAAAUGUUAGAGCUGGUUUAUACCGAGAAGACGUAAUAUUUUCUAUAUGGGAGAAAAAGCACCAAUUAUUCCGAAGAGAAGGUGAUGAUUUGGAAUUGGUGCUUGAAAUUCCCUUGGUAAAAGCACUCAGUGGAGGCAUAAUACCGAUCCCAUUAUUGGGGGGAGAAGAGAUGAACGUGAGUUUUGAAGAAGAUAUCAUAUUCCCUGGUUUUGAGAAAGUAAUCUCUGGCCAGGGCAUGCCAAUUUUCAAUGAUCCAGACAAGAGAGGAGACUUGAGAAUUAAGUUUCUUGUUGAGUUUCCAACAUAUCUCACUGAUCAACAACGGGCUGAGGUUGUUAGCAUAUUACAAGAGUAGUCUUCAUUCUCAAUAGC